GCUGUGAGUGUGACAGUACCAUAGAGGUGAAUGAGAGAGGCCACAGUCCAGGACAGACUGGAGCAGCUGGAGCUGAAGAUGAGCUCGGAGGCUCUGAGUCGCUCCGAGGUGUUCGGCCAGCUGAGGAGGGAACUCUACGGAGAGGAAGAGUCCUCCAAGUCCAACACACACGUCUUCAUCAUCCUGGGAGCCUCUGGGGAUCUCGCCAAGAAGAAGAUAUAUCCAACUUUAUGGUGGUUGUUCAGAGAUGGCCUGCUCCCUGAUGACACCUACUUUGUGGGUUUUGCUCGCUCCAAGCUGACCGUGGAGGACAUCAGGACGGCGUGUCUGCCUCAUAUGAAGGUGACUGAAGAGAGCGCUGACAGUCUCUCAGCGUUCUUCAGUAGGAACUCGUACCUGAGCGGCAGGUAUGAUGACGACAGCUCUUUCUCUCAGCUCAGCGCUCACCUGUCGUCUCUACCUGGAGGAGCCGACGCCAACAGGCUCUUCUACCUGGCGCUGCCGCCCACCGUCUACAGAGACGUCAGCAGGAACAUCAGCCAGCACUGCCAGAGCAGCAGAGGCUGGAGCAGAGUGAUUGUUGAGAAGCCGUUCGGCCGAGACCUGCAGAGCUCCCAGGAGCUGUCGGCCCACCUGUCCUCCCUGUUCUCAGAGGAGCAGAUCUACCGCAUAGACCACUACCUGGGCAAAGAGAUGGUCCAGAACCUCAUGGUGCUCAGGUUUGGAAAUCGUAUCUUUGGGCCCAUCUGGAACAGGAACAGCGUGGCCUGUGUGGUUCUCACCUUCAAGGAGCCUUUCGGCACUCAGGGCCGCGGAGGAUACUUCGACGACUUCGGGAUCAUUCGAGACGUGAUGCAGAACCAUCUGCUCCAGAUGCUCUGUCUGGUCGCCAUGGAGAAACCUGCUUCCACCGACCCAGACGACGUGAGGGAUGAGAAGGUGAAGGUGCUGAAGUGUGUUGCUCCUGUUGCUGGUCCAGACGUGGUGCUGGGUCAGUAUGUGGGGGACCCCGAGGGUGAGGGCCACUGUAAGCUGGGUUACCGUGACGACCCCACCGUUCCAGCAGGCUCCUGCACGCCAACGUUUGCCACCGCGGUACUUUAUGUCCAGAACGAAAGAUGGGACGGAGUCCCUUUCAUCCUCCGCUGUGGUAAAGCUCUGAAUGAACGUAAAGCAGAAGUUCGUCUGCAGUUCACCGACGUGCCGGGAGACAUCUUCAGCGAUCGCUGUCAGAGGAACGAGCUGGUGGUCCGCGUGCAGCCGGACGAAGCUAUCUACCUGAAGAUGAUGACGAAGAGGCCCGGGGUUUACUUCAGCCCCGAGGAGACGGAGCUGGACCUCACCUACAGGAGCAGAUACAAGAACGUGAAACUCCCAGAUGCGUAUGAGAGGCUGAUCCUGGACGUCUUCUGUGGAAAUCAGAUGCAUUUUGUCCGCAGUGAUGAGCUGCGGGAGGCCUGGAGGAUCUUCACUCCUCUCCUCCACCAAAUCGAGGGAGAAAAGACUCUCCCCAUCCCGUACACAUACGGAAGUCGUGGUCCAAACGAGGCGGAUGAGCUGGUGAAGAGGGCGGGCUUCCGCUAUGAGGGAACGUACAAGUGGGUGCAGCCCCACCUAUGACACCAUGCAUGACGUCACAAACGUGCACGUGCACGUGCACGCACACACACAUUCUUGUACUUCUAUCUUUGUGAGGACCCUCAUUGUUAUAGUAAAUUCCCUUGCAAGGUUAUAAUAGUUUUGGAUUUUUCAUUAGUUUUAGUUUUAAUUUUGUUGUGAAUUUUUGUUUUCAAAUACAGUUAGUUUUAAUGAGUUUUUAGAGUGAGUUUGCUAGUUUUACUUUAGUUUUAUUAGUUUUAGUUUUUUGUAAUGGGGUAUUUGUUGGGUGGGAGAUUAAAAGAGGUCACAGUUAUUUUUUCCUUUUUUUCCUUUCUCUUAUCCAUCUUCAUUAUGUAUGAAAAAAGUUGACAAAGACGAAAACGAAGGACAUUUUCACUAUAAUUUUCGUUAGUUUUGUAACCACACAAUACAGUUUCAGUUAAUUAUCAUUAUCAUGUAACCUUUAACCCUUAAAACAAAGUCUGAAAUCUAAAAAAAAAGCCUUUAAAGAAGUGAGGACCGGCCGAAAUGUCCUCACUUUGCAAAAAUGUCCUCACUAUGUUGGUUAAAAACGUGUUCCGGUCCUCACUAUGUAGGAAGUACAAGAACACACACACACACACACACACACACACACACACACACCAUAAUUGUAGGCAAGUUUACAAACAAUAAAGUUUACUACAAUCCUUCACUGCUGUACAUUGAAUGAUUUUGUCUGCAUGUCAAACACACCACUGCUGUUUAUCCCUAAUCAUGUAACAAUAACUUUAAUAGUCUGAUUUGAGUGUUCACUAAAAGAAUAAAUCACUGUUAA